AUGCAGGAGCGGGCGCUGCAGAGGGCGUUUGCGUGGAUCGUACUGGUAUUUUUGGCCCUUGUGUUGUUUUGGGGUCAUUUGUCUGAAGCGUCUUCUCACCGCAGUCACAUCGUGCACGUGAAAGCUGGCACAUGUGAGGUGAUUGCAGCCCAUCGCUGCUGUAACAGAAAUAAGAUUGAGGAGCGAUCGCAGACGGUCAAGUGUUCCUGCUUCCCCGGACAAGUGGCUGGAACGACGAGAGCUGCACCCUCCUGUGUGGACGCAUCUAUAGUAGCUCAGAAGUGGUGGUGUCAAAUGCAGCCAUGUGUCGAUGGUGAGGAGUGUAAAGUCCUGCCCGACCUCACAGGCUGGAGCUGCAGCACGGGCAACAAGGUGAAGACAACCAAGGUGACUCGAUAG